UGCCAAAUUCUUCACAUCUGGAGCAGCUGAGUCUCCAGUCACUGAGGUGAGCGGAGAAAAAUCAUGUCAUCUACCCUCCAAUCUGAGACAUGGCCAGAGCAGUAUCUCCACCACCCAGUCCUCCUCCUCCUCCUCCUCCUCCUCCCCCACCUCGAGGAGGGUGAGGGUGGCUGUGGAGGAUAGCUCCGUUUGUCUCUACCGCACCAUCUCUGUCUCUGAGUCCGACAGAGCUGGUGCUGUCGUCAAGGAGGCCAUGAAGAAACACGGAAUUAAGGGAGAUCCCUCUCAUUAUCACUUGCAGUUGGCCAGUCGUCUUAACAAACGCAGCAGGCUGUCUUGUGAUGCCAACGUCUUUUAUGCUCUUGGAGACACUUCAAUAUUGAUAUUGUGCAAUAAUAAUCACAUGGGAACAUAACUAAAAUUCACUUUCACAACUAGCAUUCACUUCCAGCUUUGAACAAUUAUCGUCGUUGGCAAAUUAACCGCAACGUCCACGAAUAAUCGUUACAUUGCGUCUGGAGAGCGAGCGAAGAUGGUGUCUAAUUUAUUAGCUGGAAAGAAGGAGAGGGUAGCUCAGUAGUAUGCCUGGCUACAGAGACGUGACUCCUGUGGAGCCACUGAAACCUGGGCUGUUAUGUUCUGAGUGCAACUUACUGCUGAAAGAGCCCGUGCAGACGGGGGAGGGAGAUCGCCUCUGUCGCUCCUGCUACGAUGAUAUCAAAAAGAACGGAGUCUCCCAGAAUGGCAUAAAACUCGGAGAGGAACCGUGUUAUCCUGACCGAGCCGUGGGUAAAGAGAUAACGCAACUCAAAGUAAGGUGUGCUAACUACUCAAGCGGGUGUCCCUGGCAAGGAAAGCUACAAGAGUAUGAAGAUCAUGAUUGUCAGCAUAAGCCUCAAUUGUGCCCCAACGAAGGCUGCGGGGAGAUGAUCUCCAAGCCCGAGUUCAAGACCCAUUGGACUAAGAGAUGCAACUAUAGAAAUGUAAAUUGCAAACACUGCAAGGAAAAGAUGAUUGCUAAAGACCUGGAGGCUCAUUAUGUGAGGUGCCCGGAAUAUCCAGUGAAGUGCGAGAGAUGCUCGCAAUCUGUCAAGAAAAGUGGCCUUGAAGAUCACGUUGCAAACCACUGUCAAUUUGUUGAAUGCUCUUGUGGGGACAUUGUGAAGCGGAAGAACUGGGAAGCUCAUUUCAGGGAAGAUGGGGCACUGUUCAAGCAUAUGAGCUCCCUACAGCACCUCCUUAGAUCUUUACACAGCUCACAUAGACAACUCUAUUCCAAGUUGGACGAGAAACAGAAAUUAAUGGAAGUAGAAACCACAGCUACUGGAGAACUGUCGAGAGUAGAGACUGAACUAAAGGCUUUUCAAAGUCAGUAUGAAAACCGCCUUACAAUACUACAAAAGAAGCUCGGUGCAUUAGAUACCGUGAGAGGAGACAUUGAUUCCGUACGCCGUGACUGUUCUAAGCUGACGGAUACAAGUAAGACCAUGGGAGGGAGGCUUGAAGCCCAGGAAGACAAGUUGAAACAAGUGCAGGGUCAGGUGGUUACAUCGAAGGGUAGACCAAGUUCUGGGGCAUCUCGGUACGGCGACAGUUUCUCCGAUUCCAGGAUGGCAGUUGUUGAAAGAAAGAUUGAGGAGUUAGAGAGACAGAACACGAUGCUAAAGGUCCACGUAUCAGAGCUUGAGCUCCAACUGCAGGCUUCACUGGCUAGCACUCACAACGGCUCGUUCCUGUGGCGAAUCCCCGACGUUGCCCGGAGAAGGAGAGACGCGAUCGAAGAACGAAUCACGUCGAUAUACAGCCCUCCGUUUUACACCGGGCGGAAUGGGUACAAGAUGUGUAUUAGAGCCUAUCUGAACGGAGAUGGCAUCGGGUUCAAGACACAUCUCUCUCUCUUCUUUGUUCUAAUGCGAGGCGAGUAUGACCCGCUGUUAAAAUGGCCGUUUGAGCACAAGGUCUCGCUAAUACUAGUGGACCAGGACCACAGAAAACAUAUUGUCCAGACAUUCAAACCAACUCCAGAGAGCAGCUCCUUCAAACGGCCAACUUCAGAUAUGAAUGUUGCGUCUGGAUGCCCGCAAUUUUCCAAGAGUGAUGUACUAGACGAAAAUAAUUACGUAAAGAGUGAUAUUAUGUACAUCAAGUGUAUUGUUGACGUAUCUCGCAUUUUUCACCCCUGAGUGUAUUGUGAUGACUAUUUUCCUCGUGUGAGUGGUCACUGACUCCACAUUGGCCCCUGUAAAGCUUCGAGU